ACCUGUCCUUCUUUUUCCUCCCUCUGUUUUCUUUUCUUUUUCUUUUUCUUUUUGUCGAGGCUUCAGGGGAAUUGCCAAGACCUGUUUCAUGCAUGUCCACUGGCGGCAGGUUCAACUUUGACGAUGGGGGGUCAUACUGCGGUGGGUGGGAGGAGGGCAAGGCGCACGGCCACGGGAUCUGCACGGGACCCAAAGGCCAGGGCGAGUACUGUGGGUCCUGGGCCCACGGCUUUGAGCUUCUGGGCGUCUACACGUGGCCCAGCGGUAACACCUAUCAGGGCACCUGGGCUCAGGGCAAGAGACACGGAGUGGGUGUUGAGAAUAAAGGCCGCUGGGUGUACAAGGGCGAGUGGACGCACGGCUUUAAGGGACGCUAUGGCGUCCGGGAAAGCACCGGGACGAGCGGGAAGUACGAGGGGACGUGGAACAACGGGCUGCAAGACGGAUACGGAACAGAGACGUACUCGGACGGAG